AUGAUUCACGACGAAACUCUUCUUCACAAGUUGAAAUUAAAACUUUUAGUGAUCAAGAUAAACUUCAGUGUUUUGAAAGUCGAGAUUGGUAUUGUGAAAGAAGCAAAACAAGCUGCCUCUGAUUACAAAGAAGCUGUUGAGAAAGGGCAUAGUGCUUAUUUACUUGAAGAACAACUUUCAGAUGUAUUUCAAUGUUCAAUUGGGAAUCUAAAAAGUAAUCAGACAGUAGUCAUCAAAAUCACCUAUGUCACUGAGCUUAAACAUGACUCAGAGAAUGAAAAAAUACGAUUUGUUUUACCAACUUGUAUUGCAGAAAGAUAUGGAUCUUCUUCUUCAACAGCUAAUGAUGGUAAAAAACUUGCACCUGAUGAUGUAAAAUAUUCUGGGAAAGCAAAUUAUGAACUAGAUUUAAAAGUUAAUUGUAAAAUGACCUCAACCAUCCAAUCAAUUGAGUCUCCUUCUCAUUUGAUCUCUACUGAGUUGAAUGUUGAUGGCAAUUCUAAAAUUUCUAAUGUUAUUUUGGCUGAGCAUAUUACUUAUUUAGAUAAGGAUUUUGUUCUAGUUGUCAAGAGUGAAAAUCUUGAUAAACCAAGGGCAUUCCUUGAAUAUAAUCCUAAAACAGAAUCUAAUUGUUUAAUGUUGACAUUAGUUCCAAAAUUUUCUUUAAGCCCAAUUCAAACUGAAAUAGUUUUUAUAGUUGACAGAUCAGGAUCAAUGCAAGGUGAACCGAUUAAAAAAGCAGGCCAAGCAUUAGAACUAUUUCUACGUUCACUACCAGAAGAUUGUUACUUUAAUGUGGUAUCAUUUGGUAGUAGCCAUGACUCACUAUUUCCAAAAUCUCAAGAAUACUCUCAAGAAACAUUGAAUAAAGCCAUCAACUUGGCAAAAAACUUAGAUGCUAAUUAUGGUGGGACAGAAAUUUACAACCCUAUAAAAUGGGUAUUUGAUAAUCAAUUGAAAACUAUGACCACCACUUUAUUUUUAUUGACAGAUGGUGAAGUUUGGGGAGUUGAUAAAAUCAUUGAAUUGAUUGAUCAAAAUGUUGAAGAUAAAAACAAUGAUUUAAGAAUUUUUACAUUGGGUAUUGGUGAUAGUGUUUCACAUAAUUUAGUGGAAUCAGUUGCUAGAGCUGGUAAUGGAUAUGCAGAAUUUGUUACUAAUAAAGAAAGAAUGGAUAAGAAAAUUUUGGGAAUGUUGAAAAAUGCUGUAAAACCACCUAUCAAUGAUUAUAAAAUUAAAUGGACAACAAGUUAUGACAAACAAGAUGAAGAUGAAGAUAAAUUCUUUAAUUAUUUUUUUUUUAAAAAACCUAAAAAAGAUGUUGAAAAAUUAUUGGAAUGCAUUAAAUUACAACAAGCACCUUAUAAAAUACCAGAAAUUUACCCAGGUGUUAGGUUCAUAGUUUAUUGUAUUUUAUCAAAAGAUGUUCAACCAUCUAAUGAAAUUAUCUUGACAGCUAAAUCCUCAGAUGGACCAAUGAAACUGAAUAUACCAAUAGAUCAUGUAACCUUGACUGGAUCAAAAAUCCAUACACUGGCUGCCAGGAAACUUAUACAAGAUUUGGAAGAAAACAGAUCAUUUAUUCAUAAACAUCUUAAAUCUAAAGAUAAAACUAUUCCUGAUUAUAUAUUUAAAGAUUAUAUUAUUAACUUGGGAAUAAAAUAUAAUCUAAUGUCAAAAUAUACAAGACAUGUUCCAAAUAAACAAUUAUCAAAAAUGUUUAAAAUUGGUUCAAUAUCUACCUGUUCCUCAACAAUUGGUAGUGCCUUUGGUGGUGCCUUUUCUGUUACUGAAAAGGAGGAAGAAGUAAAUGAACAUAAAAAACCAAAAAUUGAAAUACUCUUAAAAUUUUUGUCAUUACAAUCAUUUGAUGGUAAAUUUCAACCUAAAAAUGAAUUUUUUGAAUUUUUUGGAAAAAAUUCAUUGGAUGAAUUUAACUUUGAAAAUAAUUUUGAGAAUAAAGAUGAUGAGCAGCAAAAAGAGAAAUUAUGUACUAUUAUUGGAUUGAUUUAUUUAGAAGUAGUAAUGAUGAAGGAUUUUAAAGAUGAAUGUGAUAUUUGUUAUGAAAAAUCUAAAACAGCAUUAACAACUAAAUUUAAAGAUUAUAAUGAAGAGAAUGUUAAGAAUGUUAUGGAUAGUGUUAGGAAGUGGAUGAAUGAUUGGAUUAAAGAAUAA